CGAAAAACUUUACGCAAGUUUCAAUUUCAUUCUUAUGCAGGAGUUCCUUCAAUUGUUGUCUUGGGUGUUUCUUUUCGGUGGGCUACAUUGAAAAGCAUAAGCAUCAUCCUUUAGGUGUUCGAUAAAUUGUCCAAGAGAGAUGGCUGCUAUUCCGGAUACUUAUUCAUUUCGACGGCUGAUCCGGAUGCACUGUCCGAAAUAAAAAACCAAGGAGAUUAUUAUAUCUAAUCCUAGAAUCCCGUUUGGUUCGGUCCGAGAAAUUCUGGCCAUCAAUGGCGAAGAUUGUGGUUACUGAUUCUGGAUUUCCAAUGUUUGGGGUGAAGCUCUCUAAGUACCCCGAAGAAGAAGAUCCUAAAUCCAGACGUGAGCGUGAACAGCGUGUGGAGGAAGAAUUUCAUGGAUAUUCAGAACUUGCGCUGAGAGAAUACAACAGGAAACAUGGGACUGACUUGGUCCUUUCAAAGCUUUUGAGUUAUGAAUCUCAUGCAUCGUUCCGUGGUUUUAUGCUGGACUUUGAGAGAACGCAUUCACUAUGGCAUCAUAUUAACUUGGUGGCUGAGCGAGAACAUCCUGAUGCCUCUGAUAAACCACUCAUUUUGUUUGCCGAAUUGUAUACGACUUAUUAUAAUCAAAUUAAAGACACCGUUCCUACACGAUUGGUAUUCUUGAAGCCUGAAGAUAAUUUGCAUGGUUGUGGUGCAUAUCCGUGUAAAAUUCGCAUUCCAUUUCAUCAAUUUCGUGCUGGUGUCAUUGAUGAUUGCCCGGUUGAAGCAGCCUGGAACAUGAGUACUGUCCUGACAAGGUCCAUGAAAUCUGCUGGGGUGUGCAAGCAUAAUGUUGAUUGUUACGGGAAAUUGACCAAACGACAAAAACAGGAAAAUGCUGCCAUGGCGGAAUUUGCUUUAAAGGAAUACAAUCAGCAACAUGGAACAAAAUUGGAGUUUGUGAGGGCUUGGAAGUGCGAGACGUUUAAAAGCACUGGUCUUGUUAAGGACUUCCGUGAAAAGGAAACAACUUGGACGCAUAUGAACUUUGUGGCUAAGCGGCCCAGACGCGCUGAACUCAUUGAACAAGGUUUUGAUAGCUAUGAAGAAGUAAUUUUGUUUGCUGAAAUGUAUUUGGAGGAUGGUUACGGUUACUUGCUAACUACUCUGUCAGUCUUGAUUCCUGGAACUAAGCGUAAUGCUCUAUCUUUCUCUGCUAAAUUGGAUGUGCAUACUGCCCUCCAAGCGUUAUACAUCCAAGUUUCAGAUGUUUUAAUUAGAAAUUUGGGUGAAACUUGAAAGACUCCUGUAUAUAUUAAGGUGAAGUUAUUAUGCAAUCUUUUGUUAUAAUUAGGUGUGAUUUAUGGAAUGAGCUGCCGUACUCUGCUUGUUAAGUGAAGUUUUAACUCGAAUUUAACAAUGUUUUGUUUGCCCAGCUGGUGGUAUGUUUUUUAGCCUUUUAGUUUUUAUCGUGCGAUGAAGUUGUCUAGCAA